CAUGGCAGCUGUCUCUACUUCCACGCCUGUAAUUUCACAUCCCCAGUUCACAGCCAUGAAUGAGCCACAAUGCUUCUACAAUGAAUCUAUUGCCUUCUUUUAUAACCGGAGUGGAAAGUAUCUCGCCACAGAGUGGAACACAGUCAGCAAGCUGGUGAUGGGACUUGGAAUUACUGUUUGUAUCUUCAUCAUGUUGGCUAACCUCCUGGUCAUGGUGGCAAUCUACGUCAAUCGCCGCUUCCAUUUUCCUAUUUAUUACUUAAUGGCUAAUCUGGCUGCUGCAGACUUCUUUGCUGGGUUGGCCUACUUCUAUCUAAUGUUCAACACGGGACCCAAUACUCGGAGACUGACUGUUAGCACGUGGCUCCUUCGCCAGGGCCUUAUUGAUACCAGCCUGACGGCGUCAGUGGCCAACCUGCUGGCUAUAGCAAUUGAGAGGCACAUUACUGUUUUCCGCAUGCAGCUCCACACACGGAUGAGCAACCGGAGGGUGGUGGUAGUCAUUGUGGUCAUUUGGACUAUGGCCAUUGUUAUGGGUGCUAUCCCCAGCGUGGGCUGGAACUGUAUCUGUGAUAUUGGACAUUGUUCCAACAUGGCACCACUUUACAGCGACUCUUACUUAGUCUUCUGGGCCAUUUUCAAUCUGGUGACCUUUGUGGUAAUGGUGGUUUUAUAUGCUCAUAUCUUUGGCUAUGUUCGCCAGAGGACUAUGAGAAUGUCUAGGCACAGUUCUGGACCCCGGAGGAAUCGGGACACCAUGAUGAGUCUACUGAAGACAGUGGUCAUUGUGCUUGGUGCCUUUAUCGUGUGCUGGACUCCUGGACUGGUCUUGUUACUUCUAGAUGUGUGCUGUCCCCAGUGUAAUGUUCUGGCCUAUGAGAAAUUUUUCCUUCUCCUUGCUGAAUUCAACUCUGCCAUGAACCCCAUCAUCUACUCCUACCGCGACAAGGAGAUGAGUGCCACCUUCCGACAGAUCCUGUGCUGCCAGCGCAGUGAGAACACCAGCGGCCCCACGGAAGGCUCUGACCGCUCAGCUUCCUCACUCAACCACACCAUCUUGGCUGGAGUUCACAGCAAUGACCACUCUGUGGUUUAGAAAGGAAACUAAUGAUGAAAAGCUAACCAUCACCAACUGAAGGAUGAGCCAUCUCCCCCUUACCGACUUGCAAAGGCAAGGUGGGGUGUGAGAGCGGAAGAACAUAAGCUCAUGUAUUUAAAACACUAACCAAUGGCAGUAUUUGUUCCUAGAGCCCACAAGACUUGACAUACUGAAAAUUAGCUUAUGUGACAACCCUCACCUUGGUCCCAGUUCCUUUUGAAAGUAGAAAGUGGAGUCCUUAUAAGUGGAAUUUGUGAACAGACUGGAGUGUCCAUUUAGAUGACACUAACUAGACUUUAAAAGUUUUGUGUGGUUUGGUGCCAGCCAGAGAAGACUCUGGCUCAUUGAAUCUACUUCAUUUACAUAGAGGCUCCCUUCCUUUUAUCAUUCUUAAAGGAUACAUUUCAUUUCAUAAACAUGUGUUUAUGCUUAUUAGCA